AUGGCCUUCUUGGCCGUGUACUUCUUGUUGGCCUUGGGCGGCGGCUGGACCGGCGCUUCCGCGGCGCCGUUGUCCGACGAGCCCGCGAAGGCCACGCAGCCCGGGUCGGCGACGGCCGCGGACGACGUCCUGGCCUGGGCGUCCGCCGGCGGGCGCGGCGCGCCGCCCGAGGACGACGCCGCGACCUUUGGCUACGACGGGCUCGAGGUCCGGCGCACGACGUCGUCGAUGAUGACGCGGCAGCAGACGUCGCUGGGGCGCACGUCGUCGAAGGACUGGCUCCACUGCCUGUCGACGUGGCCGCGGAGCUACGUCUUGGAGCGCAUCAAGAACCCGCUGGCGGCGAUCGUCGGCUGGUCGGCGGUCGUCGCCGCGUGGAUGGCCGCGUCGCCGGCGGCGCCCGCGAAGCCGCUGGGCACGGGCCUCCACACGCUCGUCGGCGGCGCGUUGAGCCUGCUCCUCGUCUUCCGGACGAACACGGCCUACACGCGCUACUGGGAGGGGCGGGAGAUCUUCGGGCGCCUCGCGACGGGCACGCGCGACCUCGUCGACUUCGUGGGCCUCUACCGCCGCGAGGUCGGCGCGCGGCGGGCGGACCGCGUCUCCGCGCUGCUCAAGGCCUUCCCCAUCGCGCUGCAGCUGCACCUGCAGGGCUUCCGCUUCUCGAGCGCGGCCGCGGGCGGCGCCGCGGGCGGCGAGGCGCCCGGCGCGUCGUCCGUCGGCGAGAAGGAGGUGCUCCGGCUCUUCCGCCGCGUCGGCGGCGGCGCCGACGGCGCGCCGAUCCCGCUGGAGACGUUCCUCGGCGCGCUGCGGGACAUGCCCGACGUCGCGGCGGCGCUCGGCGUGCCCACGGAUCUCGAGGAGGCGCACGCGCUGGACCAGCUCCACCUGCUCAAGUUCGACGAGCCGCGGAGCGCGCGCGCGCCCGUGACCGUCAACGAGCUCGCGGCCUACUACAGCCCGCUCCAGCUCUGGCACGCGCUCCGGCAGGCGGGCGCCGCGAACCGCGACGUCGCGUCGCGCGCGUCGAACAUGCCGCUCGCUUUGUGCACGCUGCUCGCGCGCGAGAUCAAGGCCGUGGCCUACGCGGGCGACGACUUCACGACGCGCGAGCGGCUCUACGUGUUGAAGCGCGUCGCGGAGCUCCGCGCGACGAUCGCGCAGGCGGAGCGCAUCGUCCAGACGCCCGUGCCCCUCCACUACGCGCGCCACACGAGCCGCUUCCUCUCCGUGUGGUGCUUCACGCUGCCCCUGUGCCUCGCGCCCAUGGUGCCGGCCUACGUCGCGCCGCCGGUCGUCGGCGUCGUGAGCUGGGCGCUGCUGGGGCUCCGCGAGAUCGGCCUCCUCAUCGAGAACCCCGCCGCGGCCGCCACCGCGCUGCCGGAGAUCCUCGACCUGCUCGCACCGUAUGGCUCGCCCGCUUUGAACGUACCCACCGAUGUCGCAACGAAGGUCGACGACGCCGUGCGAAGGCUCGAGCGCGACGCGCCACCGGCGCCGCUGUCCGCGCUCGACGGCCGCUGGCGCGUCGAGUACGCGACCGCGCCGAGCCCGUCGAACGGCGCGCUCGGCCCCGUGCGCGGCGCGGCCUUCCAGGUCGUCGACAGCGCGGCGCGCUCCUACGUCAACGAGCUGACGCUCUUCGACGCCCUCACCGUCGCCGUGCGCGCGUCCUUCGAGCCGCGCGCGGACGACGAGCUGCGCGUGACCUUCGAGGCCAUCGAGGUCGCCGCCUUCGGGACCCGGCUCUUCUCGAAGCCGUUCCCGCCGGGCGUCGAGCGGACCUGGUGCCUGACCUACACCGACGCCGCCACGCGCGUCGUGCGCGCGGGCGUCGACGGCGGGCGGAGCGUCGCGCGCGACGUCGGCCUCCUCGAGCGAGACGCGGGCGAAGCGAAGGACGCGUACCUCUUCGUGCUCCGGCGCGCGGACUAG